UCAGCUAUAUAUAAUAAACUUUGGCCUUAGUUCCGUCAGUUGUUAUCAUUAUUUCUCAUCCAUGGAAUUCAGCGUGAUCUUCUUUUCUCAUCCCUUCUGGGCUUUUUCUCUUUCAAUCGGGAGCGAAAAGGAUAACGGGAAGUCCAAUUUGAGCGCGUAAAGUUACAGCUACCGGUCUUCAGUAUUGCAAUUGCGUGAAAUGAUAUUCUAAAGGGCAAAGAUAUCUUCUACAGUAUGAUCAGAUUGCAUUGUACUAAAGGGGUAGCGAAUUGACCUUGACAAACCACGAGCUUUGCAAACUUUUCAUCGAAUUUCACGGAGUCUCGCAGUUGUGUGUUAUUUUAGCGGAGUAUGAAUCCAGUGGACUAACUUGAAAUAACGACUUAGCUUGACGACUUGAGCGGUUUUACUCGAUACCACUUCACUUGAUUGUACUUAGGGAUUCCGUUGAUUGCAAAUUAAUCAUGAUCAUGAAAGAUACUCAUCAAGGCUUUAGCAGACUGGUCUGGUGUAGGUUUGGCCAAGGUCGAACUUAGCUUUGGCAGUUAUUCGUCGAGUUUGCGAGCGCAAGUCCGCCUCAAAGGAAGCGACAGGGCGAACUGAAAGGAAUAAAGGUUAGAAUAUUUUUUUUACAAAGUCUACCUUGAAAGUUUUAGCACAUUAAUCACGGAGAAUAUUAUAAGAACAUAUAAGACAUAUCUAAUCAAAAACAUGCACAGUAACCCUAAGUCAUGUAUGAACCAGCGGGUAAUUUUGUAUUUUCUGUCUGACAAUGUAACAUGGAAUGUGCUGCUACACGCCCGUACUAAAGAAAAUCACUAGAACCACGAUUGAAAGAAAGUGUGUAUUGCUGUUUUGUGAUAUUUUCUACCCUUUGUGCAUAUUGUUCUUGAUUGCCUUUUUAUUUGUAUAAUUAUUGCCAAAACAAAUACCCUAUCUUGAUAGUGUUGUUAUUCCUACUUAAAGGGUUUCUUUUUUUAGAAACAAAUAAAAGAUCUCUCCAUUUUCAUGUUAUCCCUACUAAUUAACUAGAUAUUAUCAAGCAGAAAAAUAACAUUAUAUAUCCGCUGAUACAAGUGAAACCACACCGGCCCGGAACUCAAAGUAGACGAGCAUGAUAGGUAAAAUUCACGAUUUAUUUACCUGGCAGUCGGUUACAGGUCUACAGUGACCUUUUUCGCCCAGAUAGAUGCUAUUCAAAUUGCUUAAAUAAAAAGAAGAAAAUAGAUUUUUGUCAUAAAUACAUGCUUGACUCGUAAAAUUCCUGUGCAUACCAAUUCAGUGCUGAGUAAUUGAAACAAGACGUCCAAAAUUACUUUCAAUGUAAUGACGUCAUAACCCACAGGCACUUGUGGAUUAGCCAAAGACAUCAACCAACAGUUCAACAAUAGCAACGAAGCUUGCAUGUGUAAACGGGAUCUUGUUCCAUUUAAUGUAUUUGUAAACACAACCUACUCUUCAAAAAUCAAUUUUCAUAUUAUAAUUAUUCUCAAUGACGCAUUCACAAGCAGAACUUUGUACAUCGUAAAAUGAACGCAGGAAUCACUCGAAAUGACGAUAGGUGGCCAAAGCUCUCGGGCCCACAUUCCCGUGAAAUUAAGUUCCGAACCAAAUUAUCACGUAUCCACCACAAUCUUGUUUUCCUCUAUCACAGAUCUCUUGAUAAUGGACGUCGAUAUAAAUGGGGUACGUAUCAAAUGGCAUUCGUUUUUCAACAACUUCAAAGUUGGUCGAGAGUUCAGCUAUUUCAGUCACGUCAAAACAUAAGGCAUUUUAGACGCCCAAUGAAUACCAUGACUUUCAACUCGAAUACGCUACCUUUUGUUGCAGUUUAACGCCUCUAAGAACCACACGGGACCAUUGUUUACCGGUGCCACGCAACCUUGAUCAGCUCGUCGAGGUGGCCUUUGGCGCGAAUUUGAACGGAACUCUUCAUUGCGGAAAUUCUAAAUUUUUCUCAAGACUCCAGACCUUUGUCACUGCACAGAGUCGUAUAAGCCUUCUUGGAAAAAGGAGGAGAGAUCAGACAUUAACAGUCCUAAACAAUCCCAUAGCUUAACGGUUCAGGCGUUGACUCCGAGCAUUCAAGGGCUCGGCGAUAUGGAAAAUAACGCAUCUACGAUCAACAGCAGCUCUUAUUUUAAACCAGCUAACGGCGACAACGCAUCAGUGGCGACUUCUGGCGAAACUCCCGCUUUCAAGGCAAUAAAGCUGUCAUUCUACGCUGUCAUCUUCCUUAUAAGUGUCAUCGGUAACACUUUGGUUUGCGUGGUGAUCGCAAGACGUCGGAGAAUGCGAACCGUCACGAAUUUCUUCGUGUUGAACCUCGCAGCGUCGGAUCUCGCCAUCACUUGCAUCUGUAUUCCGUUCGAUAUUCCCGUGCAAGAGAAUCACUACAGAUGGCCUUACGGACGGUUCUUCUGCAAGGUCUUAUACCCGCUUCAGACCGUGGCCAUGUUCUCUUCUAUCUUUACGCUAACUGCAGUGAGCCUCAAUAGGUUCUGGGCAAUCGUUUAUCCUCUGCGAAAGCAGAUGACGAAAAAGCACGCCAUGGUUGUUAUAAUCAUCAUCUGGACCGUGUGUAUUCUACUGACGGCACCUUAUGUCAUGGUCUUAAACCUGGAUAAGGCUACCAUGGAAUGCAGAGAAUAUUGGCCUGGAAUUGGCUACAGAAAAACCUACACUGCAUCGCUUUUUGUCUUGCAAUAUUUUUUGCCUUUGACCGUGAUCACACUUGCGUAUCUAAAAAUUGGUUUGGAGCUAAGGGCCUGUUCAAGCGUGAAAAACGCUUUGGCGGUAAAUGCCGUUCUACACAAUGCACACCGAAACGAGGCUCGCAAAGUUGUGCGCAUGCUCAUUGUCGUCACUCUCCUCUUUGCCAUUUGUGUUCUGCCCAAUAACGUGAUGUGGCUUUGGCUGGAUUUCGGCAAUGGGCAAAACUACCCUCACUUCUGGGAUAUGGUUGCUUUUACUAACAUCAUUUUGUUCGCCAACAGUGCGGCAAAUCCCCUGGCGUACACAAUUUGCCACGAGAAUUUCAGGGAAGAAUUCAAACUGUAUUUCACCUGCGAUCCAAAGAUUUUUCAAAGCAUGGCGGAAACCACGAUAACCUACACCAGGACCCGGUUACGCAGUCUGACCGGAAAUGACAAAAAAUCCGUACAGGCUGUGGAAUAUGGCGAGAUAUUAGUGGUUGACGCCAAAGAGACUGUUAUUUGAUAGUUCCUUUGCAAAGUACUGUCUGUAAAUAGCACACAAAAGUCAGUAAUCUUAGCAAUUUAAUAGCUACGUUCUUAGAGCGCGCCGGUAUAAUGCUUUGGACCAUGUGGCUACAUUUGAACUUCGUCAUCUCAAGCGCGGUUAUCUUGAACUCAGAUCGUUUUCCUUGGUACUGGCUUUUCCAGUCAUUUACUAUCCGUUGUCUACAACCCAGACUGUCUCGAACUAUUAAUAGUUUCCCUUAAGAGUUCGAAAUAUCGCGGGAUUGAAUUAUUUUAACAGGGUAAACAUUAGGUGUUUUAGGUGUUGUGAAAGUGCUCAACUUAU